UACCCCUACUGGCUACUGGCUACUACUUUUACAUGUAAAUUCCGACCAAACUUCUUCGUCGACGUCGUUUUCGGAAAACCCUAGAUUUUCCCCUUCUUCGUCUUCCCAUUCUCUCUCCUAUUUUUGUUCUUUGAUUAGGCUUUGGCUUCUUCCUUCGAUCCGUAAAUCAACACCGGACUCUGCGAUUCCCCAUCCCCUCUUUGAAUUGAUACCUUUCAAUUCCCUCGCCGUUGAGCAAACUGAAUUUAAGCAGUUAAUUAUGGUGCAAAAACGGCCCUUCGAACAUGAGUACUUAGAUGAGGUUUCAUCUAAGCAACCAAGGCAUGUAGAAACUAAUGAUCAUCUGAUUUCUUUGGAAUAUCCUUAUGAACCUGCCUACCUGAAGGCUCAUGCACCAGGGAAAGAUGGGGAUAUUUCCUUUAAAGGAAAACCUGUAAGUGACAAGAAAUAUGAGUGUGUAUACACUGCUGAACUCCCAAGCUUUGAAAAAUACAGAGAGAUGGGGUGUCCUGGUUCUGCUUCCCACUCUUCCUGGGCUACUAGCAGCACAAGUGAAGAAGAUGUCAGGUCAGAGGGGCAACAUAACACAUCGUUCUCUCCUGAAUAUUACAAUCAUGACAUUCCAUUUAGGACUGUUACUCAUUCUAAAGAGUUAUAUUCUUACCUUCUGAGAAAUCCUCCUAGUAAGUUGGUUCCUGUUGGACCUGAUUUCCAGGCUGAAAUACCUGAAUGCUGUGGCUGUGGCAACAAGGAGAAAGCCAAUUGUUCAGAAGUUGCAUGCGAAACCAUAGAUCAUUCUUAUGAAUCUUUGGAGUCAAAUUGUGGUGGUCAGUUUGAUUAUGAAAAUAGGCUAGCUGGGACUUGCAUUAUUCCCAUUUCCAAAUCAGAAUCAGCUGCAUAUUCUAGUGAAGUUGUUGCAAGUGGAAGAAGUGAUUGUUGCUGUGAAGAUGCUGGCUCUGUUAGAUGCAUUCAACAGCACAUCAUUGAAGCAAGAGAAAAACUUAAGACACUCCUUGGGGAGGAGACCUUUGUCAAGCUGGGUUUUUGUGAUAUGGGUGAGGUAGUUGCACAAAAGUGGACUGAAGAGGAACAUGAAUUGUUCCAUGACGUUGUAUAUUCAUAUCCUGCAUCCUUGGGGAAGAAUUUUUGGCACCACCUUGCACUUGAGUUCCAUCACCGAACAAGGAGGGAAAUAGUGAGCUAUUAUUUUAAUGUCUUCAUGCUGCGAAUCCGCACUGAACAGAAUAGAUUAGACCCAUUGAAUAUAGACAGUGACAAUGAUGAAUGGCAAGAGGAAGCAUAUGACUCUGCUGGGGAAGAAGCCAAUAUGACUGAUGAAGAUGAGGACUCUGUAGUCGAAUCGCCAGUUCAUCAUGAUGAUCCUGGGCACAUUUUGAUCUACGAUGAUUAUAAACACCCAUAUGAUGAAGAUGCUGGGCUUGCAAUCUGGAGAGAUUAUAAGCAUCUUGGUCAUGACACCAAUAAGGUUGUCACUACUGUACCUGAAGAAUGUGGUGAUAAGUUAUUUGAGAAGCACAGUUCUGAACUCACAGUUCAACAUCCAGACAGAAGUGAGCCAAAUGAAGCCAACCAUGCUGAACUUGACGGCCCUUCUACUAGGGUUGAUAACAAACAUUGGACUAGUGAUUAUGUAGGUACGUGCAAUAGUAAUGGGCAUGAAUUUGUUUUGGAGCCCAGAUUUGGCAGAGAAUGGAAUGUUGGGUACUCAAGUUGUACCAAAAACGACGUUGACUUCUUGCCCACAUGCUCGAUGAUUGAAGAAGUAUUUGGAAACGAGGCAUGCUAUGACAAGAGUCGAGAUGGUUAUGGUUCAAGCUAGCUGUACCCAUUGUUUUCAACAGUAGUGGAUUAAUCCUGGGGGUGCUUCUGGGAUAGAGUAGCUCCUAAACACCCCCUUGUGUAUAUUCAAAAUGGUGGAAUGUGGAAUUUUGCUGAGUUUAAGAUAAUAUUUUUGUUAGGCUGUUAGAUGAGGUAAAUUGUACUUGCAUUAUGCAAACUGUAUAAUCACAAUACUAGCCUUUUUUUUUUUUUU